AUGACUGCCACACCCCCGAGUUAUCAAACCGUCGUCGCAACCAGCCUUUCACCGGGAGCACUGCUUCUGGAAUAUAACCAGCCCAAGAUCUCCAAUGCAUUCACACUCCAGCAAUACCACGACUUAGCCGACGCUCUCCGCUGGGCACGCAAUGACCCUUCCAUCAGGGUGAUCGUUCUCACAGGCAAGGGGAAGCACUACUGUGCAGGAAAAGUGCUUCUUCCACCAGGCGAAUCCGGACCGACCAUUGAACAAGAAAUUGAAGCUGGCCGGAAACUUGGAGAUGAGUUACAGGGGUACCCAAAGGUCUUGAUUGCAGCGGUCCAUGGUGCAGCGAUCGGAUGGGGAUGCACCCAGCUGUGGAAUUUCGAUUUGGUGUAUGCUUGGGACAAGGGGGCGGUCUUUCAAACGCCCUUCAUGAGCCUGGGGUUCGUCCCUGAGGGGGCAUCGAGCUGGAGCUUCCCCAAGGUCAUGGGUAAACAGCGCGCGAACGCACUACUACUAGCGGCGGAGAAGUUGAAUGCCAGGGAAAUGUAUGAUGCGGGGAUGGUAACCAAAGUAAUCGGAGGGGACACGGUUGAGGCGUUUCGGGACGAAGUCUUCAAGAUUGCAAAGAGGAUCGGCACCUACAGCGCAGAGAGUCUCAGAAUGGCCAAAGCACAGGUGAAUCGGCCUUCUGUGUUGGCAGAGCAGAGGGAGGCGAGCAUGUGGGAAGCGGUGGAUUUGAAGGUAAGAUUGAAUAGUGACGAGGCGAAGGCGGCGAUGAAGGCUUUCAUGGACAAGAGCAAGCCGAAGUUGUAG